CCCCCCUCUCUUUCUUCAGUCUUCACACAAAAGCAUCUCUCUCUGACCCACUACCCUUGCUCUGCACCUCUUCCCUCACAUGAAGCUCCUCACUCUCUGCCUUCUUCCUUCUUCCCUGUCUGCACAUUCCUCUCCGCCGGAUUUCUUCUCUCCCUUUUCCCUUUCCUGACCUUCCUUCCUCAUUGCAUUUUGUUGUUUCCAUGGAUCCUUGCCCUUUCGUGCGCCUCACCGUCGCUAAUCUCGCCCUCAAGAUUCCCGUCGCCUCCAAGCCUGCUCCUUCCGUCGUCCAUCCUUCCUCCUCUCCCUGUUUCUGCAAAAUCAGACUCAAGAAUUUCCCUCUUCAAUCCGCCCUCGUUCCCUUCAUUCCUUCCGACCACGCUUUCCCUGACUCCCAACUCCCCCAGGCCGCCGCCACUUUUCACCUCACCAAGUCCGAGCUCGACCGCCUCGCCGCUAAAUCCUUCUUCGGCGCCAAGCCCUGCCUCAAAAUUUCCAUCUACACUGGCCGCAGGGGCACCACCUGUGGAGUCAACUUGGGCAAGCUCUUGGGCCGAGUGUCCGUGCCCUUGGAUCUGGCGGGAACGGAAACUAAGGCUGCUGUCUUCCACAACGGCUGGAUUACGGUCGGGAGGGAAGCCAAGGGCUCUUGUGCCCAGUUUCAUUUAAAUGUCAGGGCCGAGCCCGAUCCCAGAUUCGUUUUUCAGUUCGAUGGCGAGCCCGAGUGCAGCCCUCAGGUUUUCCAGAUCCAAGGCAACAUAAGGCAGCCCGUCUUCUCGUGCAAAUUUAGUUUUAGGAACACCGGUGACUGGAACCAGCGUUCCAGAUCUUUACAGUUAGACCCAGUCAACUCUAGAAGCUGGCUAACCUCAUUCGGAAGCGAGCGAGAACGACCGGGUAAAGAACGGAAGGGAUGGUCCGUCACGGUUCACGACCUCUCAGGGUCGCCGGUAGCUGCUGCGUCUAUGGUGACGCCGUUCGUCGCUUCCCCCGGUUCAGACCGAGUCAGCCGUUCGAACCCUGGCUCAUGGCUUAUUCUUCGACCGGGCGAUGGCACAUGGAAACCUUGGGGAAGACUUGAAGCUUGGCGCGAGCGUGGUGGCUCCGACGGCCUUGGGUAUCGUUUUGAGCUAAUACCAGACACCGUAACCAACGGCGCCGUAGGGGCCCCCGGGAUCGUCCUAGCCGAGUCCACAUUGAGCUCAAAGAAAGGAGGAAAGUUCAUAAUCGACCUAGGCAGCAAUAGUUCGAACGGCCGCGCCACCCCCGGGAGCUCGACGUCCCCGGCGUGCAGCCCCAGGAGCAGCGGUGAUUUUGGAUAUGGUCUGUGGCCAUAUUGCAUGUACAGAGGGUUCGUGAUGUCGGGGAGUGUGGAGGGUGAGGGAAAGUGCAGCAAACCUACGGUGGAGGUGAGCGUGCCGCACGUGAACUGCACGGAGGACGCAGCGGCGUUUGUGGCGUUAGCGGCAGCCGUUGAUCUGAGCAUGGACGCCUGCAGGCUCUUCUCUCAACGGCUGAGGAAGGAGCUAAACCAUGUGCAGGAUCUGGCAGGGUGAUGAUCUGGAAUGUUCGCUCUUCGUUUCGUGUUUUCGGCUCUCCCCCGUCGUUUUUAAAUUUUUUAAAUAGUGGGGUUGGUCGUUUUGACUUGUUGUGAGGCAUUUUUAUUUUAGUUUCACUAACAAACAAUUUACAGGCUGUACAGGGAGAGGGAGGGUGUUUAGAGGCUCAGAGCUCGCUUUGUUGAUUGUUUUAUUUAGGAUGUGUGGCUUUGUAUUGAUUUUCCCUUUUAAGGUUUUUGGGUUGUCAAUGGGAAAUCAUAUGAAAGGCUAUUUUUAAUUUUGUUAAUGUGGCCACUAACCAUUGUGUUUUAUAUUAUAUGUUGGAGUCAAAGAAGGUGUAAAGAGUACAAUAAGACUGUGUCAAAUUGGGGCUGGCAA